GAACACAGACAAUUAACAUAAUGAAGACAGUAAUAGUGUCAACGGUGGAAGGUAAAGUCCGAGGUAAAAUGUGUACGAAUUUUGUAGGCGAAGACUUUUAUGCUUUUCUUGGUGUACCUUAUGCCAAAGCUCCCAUUGGGGAUUUGAGAUUUAAGGCACCGCGCGACCCAGAAAAAUGGACGGAAGUAAAGGACGCAACCAAGGAUGGACCUCCUUGUCCAUCUCGUCAUUUAAUAGGCCAAUUUUAUAUAGGCAAGGAAGAUAAUUGUUUAAACUUGAACGUGUUUACAAAAAAAGUAACACUCACAGAUUCAGAAAAACCAAAACCCGUAAUGGUUUUUAUUCAUGGAGGAGGAUUCACCUAUGGCAACAACAAACCUGAAUUUUAUGGUCCAGAAUUUCUUUUGUGGCAAGACAUAGUAUUAGUAGUGAUAAAUUACAGAAUUGGAAUAAUGGGAUUCCUUGCGUUAGAAGAUCCAUCAUUAGAUGUGCCUGGUAAUGCCGGUCUUAAAGAUCAAGUUAUGGCUUUAAAAUGGGUCCAAAGAAACAUUAUCAAUUUUGGUGGAGACCCCAACAAUGUAACCAUAUUUGGACAAAGUGCUGGAUCAGUGUGUGCCCAUUUGCUUAUGCUUUCUCCCGUAACUAAAGGACUCUUUCACAAAGUUAUUUUGGAAAGUGCUUCUGCUCUCUGUAUUUGGGCAAAGGGAUACUACAAUGCUAAAGUUAUUGGAGAAUUAAUGGGUUAUACAGAGACUAAUGAAAAAUUGAUUUUAGAUAAGUUAAAUAAAUCACCGAUUCAAGAUAUAAUUAAAGGGCAAUAUAAAUUCUAUGAUGACCUUUCCGCCUCCAAACGUCGACCUUUUGGACCUGUCAUUGAAAAGGCAUCUAAAGAUGCUUUUCUAACCGAAGAUCCAGUAGAAAUAAUAAAAUCUGGUAAUUAUCAUAAGUUACCUCUUAUGAUCGGAUACACAACAAAGGAAGGCAUACUAUUUGACAUUGUAAGAAAAUCCACUCCGAAUGUAAAACUACCAAAAAGCAUGGACACUGAAGUACCCUUCGAUUUAGAUGUCGUAGAUAAUGAAAAGAAACACAUUGAAAUUAAAUCGAGAAUUAAGAAAACGUAUUUCAAAGAUGAAAUGAUUAAAGAAAAUAACAUUGACUACUUGUAUACGCUAAAAACUGAUAUUGGUUUUAAAUAUCCGAUAUAUAAAUCAAUAGAUUUACACAGAUCAAUACACGAUAAACCAAUUUAUUUCUACGUCUUCUCACACGAAGGCCCUCUUAAUCUAGCCAAAAACUAUGCUUUAAGAGACAGCCGAAUCUUCCAGCUGAUUUUCUUAAUGUUCGCAGCUUUAACACAAGGCAUGAAAACUGUUAACAAACUUUUCCAUGAUUUGCUUGGAAUGAUGUCAAAAAAAUAUGUGAAUGGAGCAAGUCACUGUGACGAAUUGUCAUAUUUAUUCCUUCAAAAAAUCCAUCCGCCGUUCGAACCUGACGAGGAAGAAGACUAUUAUAUAAAAAGGUUAGUCAAGUUGUGGACGAAUUUUGCAAGGCAUGGAAAUCCGACACCUCAAAUCGAUGAGGUGCACUUUAAUAAAGCUCUUUGGAAACCAGUUUCGAAAGAUGAAAUGAAUUAUUUGAAUAUUGGUAAUGAAUUAAGAAUGGAACAGAACCCAGACCAGGAUAUGUGUACUUUUUGGGACAAUAUUUAUGAAUUUUGUGAUAAAAAGAUUUAAAUUUUAAUCUGUAUUAUAUGUAAUAUUUUUGUUUUUGGUUGUGUAACAGUAUAAUAAUUGUAAAUAUUUUUAAGUGAAAAUAAAAAAACGCUAUUUUGUUUUACAAGUG